CCCCGCAUCGUCCCUGUAAUCCUCCCCAUUCCCCAAAGUCCAAAUAAACAAAAACCAUGGCGGCAGCAAGCUCUCGCAAGUUUUCCAUCGUGUCCAUUGGUCUCUUGUCUCUACUACUGAUCCAUGCACCUCUUGCUACCUCACUGUCCUUUAGCUUCAACUUCUCCGGCACCGGCGGCGACCCAUGCGACGCCGAGCUAAGGUGCGAACGCGACACACAUAUUGGCCCUGGUUUUCUCGAGCUAACAAAGAACGACAUCAGAGGCGAUACCUUCAGCGUCGGGCGCGCUUCGUAUGCGCGACCGGUGCCCCUCUGGGACAACACCACCGGCGAGAUUGCCAGCUUCGCCACCAACUUCACUUUCCAAAUCAAGCCCAAAGUCGAGGACUUCUUCAAGACAUGCAACGUUAACGACAGUGGCGACGGAAUGGCUUUCUUCCUCGCUCGUUACCCGUCGAGGAUUCCUCCCAACAGCUAUGGUUCGAACCUCGCCCUAUUCAACGACAGUAACAACAUCAACGCCACCGGCGACGUCGUCGCGGUAGAGUUUGAUACCUUCUUGAAUCAGUGGGACAAAACCGUAAAUCAUGUUGGUAUCGACGUCAAUUCCAUCGAUUCCAAGGCGGUCGUGAACGUGACCAAGGGCCUGGUCUCUGAACACGCCAUGACUGCCAUGAUCACCUACAACAAUCUCACAGGAGUUCUACAAGCCAAACUCCGGAUGGACGACGGCGAACCGCCGUAUGAUGUCCAAUGGAAUGUGGACAUGAAGCGAAGCUUGCCGGAGGAAGUGUCUGUCGGCUUCUCUGCGGCCACCGGCGCAUGCAUCGAGCUGCACCAGGUGCUGUCAUGGUCGUUCAGCUCCACUCUAGAAGCCGGGAGCUCCAAGACUACCAAAGGCCGCCGGGGCCGACGCUGGCUAGUACCUGUGAUAGUUCCCACGGCUGUGGCUUUUGUGGUGUUGCUCUGCGCCGCCGUGGGCUGCUUUAGGAACCGGCGACGUAUAUGGAUGAAGCUUCAUGGCAUCACCGAGGUCGAUUCUGACGCAGAACAUGAGGAAGCUGACUUUGAGAGAGGAGUUGGCCCCAGGAGGUACCGCUACCAGGAGCUCGUCGCUGCCACCAACAGCUUUGCUGAGGAGGAGAAGCUUGGCCGCGGGGGCUUCGGAAACGUGUACCGGGGCAGCCUAGGUGACCAUGACCGCCCGGUGGCCGUGAAGAUGUUCUCGGCGGAGUCGUCGGCGCAGGGGAGGAAGGCGUUCGAGGCUGAAGUGAAGAUCAUAAGCCGUCUGCGGCAUCGGAACCUUGUGCAGUUGUUGGGAUGGUGUGACAGCACCAAGGGUCUCUUGCUCGUCUAUGAGCUUGUGCCAGAAGGCAGCCUUGACAGACACCUCUACGGCAGCUUGCUCUCUUGGGCAGAGAGAUACAUGAUUAUCCUUGGGCUGGGCUCUGCGCUGCGCUACCUGCACACGGAGUGCGACCAGUGCGUCCUGCACGCCGACAUCAAGCCCAGCAAAAUACUCCUCGACUCGUCACACGGCACCAAGCUAGGCGAUUUCGGGCUGGCGAGGCUCGUCGCCCACGGAGCCGGACCGCAGACGACCAAGGUCGUGAUGGGCACCGCAGGGUACAUAGACCCGGAGUUCAUCCGCCGCCGCCGGCCAACCACCGAGUCCGACAUGUACAGCUUCGGCAUCGUGCUCCUGGAGAUCGCCACGGGUCGGCGGCCGGUGAUGGUGCAGCAGGACAGCGUCGUCCCGCUGCUGGAGUGGAUCUGGGACCUGUACGAUAGAAAUGCUCUUCUGGAGGCGGUGGACCAGAGGCUGAUGGCCGGAGGCCUGAUCGACGACGGCGUCGCCGAGUGGCAGCUCCAGCGCGUGCUCAUCGUCGGGCUGUGGUGCGCGCACCCGGACCCGGGCGUGAGGCCCUCCAUUGUGCAGGCCAUGAACGUCCUUCAGUCGGAGGACGUGACGCUGCCGGUUCUGACGCCGCAGGUAUACAGGACUACUACGUCCGACUCUUCGCGUGGGGGUGACAUGUCUUGGACUGGUAGCGGGGGCAGAUAAUGGAAGGUGUACUGUUGGACGCAACAUGCUGCCUGUUCGUUUUAGCUUAUAA